AUGAGUCCUAUGAGUCCUACAAGUUCAAUAAACAACAGUAUUGCAUCUAAUUUUCAACCACAACAACCACAACAACAACUGCAACAACAACUGCCAUCAGGACACAAUGGUGCGCCAGCUAACUCUAAUUCAUCAGCAGCUGUAGCAGCUCUACCGCCUCCACAAUUGUUUUGGACACAACGUCGCACUCUUGGGAUCAACCCCUUUCCACGGUUUCAGCAUUCGAGCUCUGUUACCGCCAUAGGGACUGAGAUCUUUGUAUACGGAGGCAUUCAGCAUGGAGUGCCUCAAGAUGGACUGUUUGUCAUUGAUUCUGUUUCUCUACAAUGCCAGGCUAUUACCUCCACAAGUCCGGACCGACCAAUGGCCAAGAGCGGGCAUACUGCUGUGAAUAUUGGUCAAUAUAUCAUUUGUUUUGGUGGUUGGGACCAAACGACAGGGCAAUGCGAUGAUAGUCUGCAUGUGCUGCACACCGUUCGCAAAGAAUGGAACAAACCACCUAUCCAAGGACCACUGCCCACACCGCGUCACUCGCAUUCUGGAUGCGGCAUUGGAACCACAAUGUAUAUUUUUGGAGGACAGAUUGAUAACUACUAUCUUGGAGACUUGGUCUCAUUUGACAUGAAAACAAUCACGCAGAACCCUCGUUGGGAAGUGAUUGAACCAAAAUCAGAGGCAUCACCACCAGCAAGAGCAGGCCAUUCAGCAGCGGUGUAUGAAGGCAAAAUCUACAUCUUUGGAGGAGCGGACGCUGAUUAUUUCUACAACGAUAUCUGGUGUUUUGAUGUUCGAACCAGUAUUUGGAAACCGAUUGCAGCAUCUGGAUAUUUGCCCUCUGGACGUUUCGGACAUUCCUGUACAAUUGUCGAUGGUGUUCUGUAUAUCUUUGGAGGCAGUAGCCCCGAUGGUUCAGAGCUUAAUGAUGCCUAUGCAUUCAAAAUCAAUGAACGUCGAUGGUAUCUCUUUCAAAAUAUCGGCCCUGCUCCCAGUCCUCGAAGUGGACACACCAUGUGCACAGUUAAGGACAAGAUCUUUUUACUUGGUGGCAAUUCUGAGCGGGCCGACUUAGAUGAUGGUGGGGCGCUCUACUACAUCGAAAUUCCGAAAAUCCGCUUCCCUGAUGCUCAGCUAAAUACACCCCGUCAAGCUCCAUCCUCAAGACUCGCUUCUCAACCCUCACCAUCUCUUCAACCACAACAGCAAUCACAACAGCAAUCACAGCAGCCAUUGCAAGCAGAGGUACCUUCCGAAUAUGACCCUCAGUCUGCGCAAGGAGUAGGAGCAGGAAAUUCUAAUAGGCUAGAUCGGCCAGAUCGUUCGGCACGCCCUAUCACACAACGGCCUACUUCACCAGCAGCGUUUGGCUCCAACAACAUGGAUCAACAACAGGCAUCAGCGAACAUGAAUAACUCACAGCACACAAGACAGCCAAUGAAUUCUCAACAAAGCCAGUGGCCCAUGGGUGUACCGCCUCGUGGAGCAAGUGCUGGACAGACCACAAAGAAUGGUGGAGAAAUGGAUAAUGAAAGCCCUGUCAUCAGUCGUAGGACCAUGCAAAUGUCCUCAGCACCAAUUCCAAAUACUGGGGGAGCAGCACCUCCCUCACUUCGUAGUGGAGUGAAUAACCAACCACCAGGGUCAGGGGAGUUGAACCCUACAAUGACCAGAUCUGAGAGAGACCGCUGGGCUAAGAAUAGCAACGGUAUGGUUUCACCAGCAGCUCCAACGAACAUUCGAAGAGAAGAUGAGAUCAACUCAGAUGCAGCAGAUACCUUUGCCUCCUCUCAAGGAUCUCAAGUGGCUCAAGGGGCAGGGGGAGCGUCAUAUUUCCCCCCACCCCCUUCAUCUUCUGGAUCAACAGCAUCUGCAAACAUGCGGCAAAAUGGUACAUCGUCUCCAACGCUCUCUGCACAGAAUUCUUCACAGCAUGGAAGAUCGCCAUCACCUGCUACAGCUUCACAGCGAGCACAUGCUCGUGGACAGAAUGCCUCUGCUUCAUCGCCCCAUUUGCCAUCAGCAGCAGGUGGCGAAGCUUAUCCCAAUACUUCGGCCUUAUCUUCUACAGAUAUGGGACGCCUGAAUCAACUGGAACAGCAGAUGAAAGAGCGUGAUGAACAGUUGGAAGUGAUGAGGCGGCGCGAAAACUGGCUGGUGACUGAGGUUCUAUUGGCACGACAGGUCUCUGGCAGCAGAAGUGGACAAAAUAAAUCGGAGCAAGAUUCGAAUGAUGACCAGCUGUUGAUUGCUGAGCUUGAAAAGGAGAUGGAGAACCAACAGUUGGAAGAUCAUCAACUUAAGGUCACCAAAGCAUUACUCAAACUCAAGGAUGAAUUGCGACGUGCCAAGAUGUCGAUUGCAACUCAAUCCCAGGCUGCAUCAUUCAAGAUCAGAGAAGCUGAGCGUAUCCGCACAGGUGCCCUUCAAGAAGCCGCAUACCUAAAAGCCAAACUCUCAUCUUUGUCCUCUUCUAACCCUGAUUCAUCUGCCUUAGCGCGGAUCGAGACUGACAGAGCCAUGGAUCUUGAGAAGCGAUUGACUUCAGCCCUUUCAGAAAUGGAGACUUUAGAGCUACAGUUCACAAAGAGUCAAGAAAUGUUGCAACAAGAAAAGAUGGCCAGACUGGCGGCUGAGGAACGAUCGAAUGAUUCCACUAUUUUAGCAGAACAGGCACAAGCAGCUCAUACUAGAGCUCUGGCUGAAUUGGCGAGUCUGCACAGUCGAGCUGCCAAGGCUGAACAAGAGUCUCGAGAGUAUGCCACUCAAUUAGUAGAAUCUCAAGCUGGGUUCUCGGGACAUCAAUCUCAGUCAUCAGGUCUGAUGGCCAAGAUUAAAGAGCUAAAGCAACAAAUUGAAGAGCAUCAAACAGCUCUGGAAAGGACUCAAAUGGCAUAUUCUGCUGCAAAUGAACGAGCCUCGAGAGCCGAGACUAUGUAUGAGGAAUCUUCUGGAAAGUUUGAAAAGAUGGAGAGUCUCCGAGCAGAGAUGGCUAGUGAUCUAUCUCGGUACAAGACUGAGAAUGAGCGCUUACAAUCUAAAGUCGAGGAUCUGGAGGGGCGAUGGCAAAUCUCGAAGGAUGAGGUUGUCACGCUUCGUAAACUAGUUGAAGAUGGGCUGGGUGCUUUCAACCCUCGUAGCAAAUCGCAGAAUGAAGGGAUGCCUGCGGCACGCAAACAUGAUAGUAUUGCGAUCUUAAACACAGUCUCCAAGGUUUCGGAAUUAGAGCAUGAAUUGAGCUCCCUUCGAGUGUUACACAAGAAUUCCCAGGCCGCUGCCUCGAAAUCUGCAACAGAAUUGGCAGAUGCCAUGAUUGAACUCUCAAGACUGGAGCAAAGUUCGAUGAAGUCCAAAGCAGAAACCAUUUCGUUGCAGCGUCACCUAGCACAGGAACGAGAGACUGCUACAGCUUUGAGAAACGAGUUGAGUAGGACUGAACAAGAGUUAGAGGUCAAGGUCAAGGAAUUGGAAAAUAAUGAGGUUCAAUUGGGAUUACUGAAGGAUGUGAUGCGGGAAAAGGGCAUCAUUGCUGAAGAUGUGAUGAUGCUUCGGUCCGUUUCAAGUUCUGCAUCAGGCGCUCGCAGCGCUUCUGGUGAUUCUGCAGCCGCUUUAGAGGCUAAAGUUAGGCAGCUCGAAGGAAGAGUUCAGUCAUUGGAGCUGGAAUUGGAGCAAGUAGAUCAACAGCGUCAAGCAGCAGUCCAACAUUCUGAGAAAUCAACUUCCAUGUCAAGAAAACUCAGAAGCGAUCUUGCAGCAGCAACUCAAGAGAAGGAGUCUCUCCAAGCCAUGUUGGAGCAGCUUCAGCAAACUCAUGCUCGAUGUGGCAACGAACCGCCCUCAUCAGGUGGUUCUCGCAACAACGCUGGACAAAUGAAUGAUGAUGAGCGCCGAAGCUUGCACAAACAAAUCAAAGAGUUGCAGAAUCGCCUUGCAGAAUCCGAGAAAUAUGCUGCAGAGCUCUCUCAGAAGGUUGUGGCGAUGACAGAAAGAGUCGAUGAAGUCCAGACUUUGAAUGAGGCUAUUGCUGAGCAACUUGAAUCUGUUCAAGAACAGGCGGAUGCGUUCAAGAAAAAGGCCCAAGAGACAAUCCAGAUCUUGGAAGGGGAUAAUUCUGUUUUGGAGGCUAGAUUGCAGGAUUCUGAAAAGAAGGUCAUGUUGUUAUUGGAUGAUAUGCAAAACAGUCUCACGACCACAGAUGGUAGCAUCGGCGGUGGUACUGUGGGACAAAACAACAGUUCACCAUACGGCUCUGCCAAUCUUUUGGGGACUCAUCAGCAAGUGAAUCAGCAGAUGGUGGGGGGAUCGCCAUCAUUGAGGCCUAUGAACGCUCGUCUUCACAAUACUACUGGCGGUACUCCUAGAAGCAGCAGUCGGACCAGCAACGGCCGUUCAGGAAGUGGCAACAGCAGGCCCAUCAAUUCUACGUCACCCUCAGGUCUUUCAGGUCAAAGGAGGAACAACAACAGCAGCCUCGGAAAUAGCCCUAGCCCUAAUCAGCAACAAUAUAUCCCCGAGGAGGAUGUGUACAACUAUGGCGGUGUAAACAAUAAUAAUCAGCACCAGACCAAUGGAAGUGCUGCAGGUGGACAUGGACAGUACCCGCGUGCUGAGUUUGAAGAUGAAGAGGAUCCUAACUCGAUUGCGUAUCGUGACUCUAUGGAUUCAAUCACUCGUGAACUCGAGAUGCUGAAGGUACCAUGGAACAAAGCUUCUGGAGGAGGAGGGUCAGACACUAGUAACGGUAGUAAUGGUCGAAAGUCGACUUCUCCACUUCAGAGGCCAUAUCAACAGCAGCAAUCCCCAUCUCCAUCUCAACAGCAACAACAGCAGAAGACGACAACAAACGGUAAUUAUUACGGUAGUGGGAAUGGGACUGGGGCCGGAGGUAGAAACAAGUAUAUGUACGACGAAGAUGAUGACGAGGAUGGUGAAGCAAGUUAUUUGACUCAUCUCCAACCACGUCAAUACCAACAACAGCAACAGUCCAGUGGCCCUCUCGAUACUACCCGCUCGUUCAAUGACCGCAGCGCUUCACGACUCAAGGAGUAUGAACAGAUGAUUGAUGAGAUUGAAAAUGCAAGAAGACAGCAAUAA